UUCCAGCUGACUCAGGUGUGGACACGUCGGCAGAGUUUAUGGCCAGCAGCGGAACCACAGACGUUACGAAUCGGAACAGCCCGGCCACACCACCAAACACCCUUAAUCUCCGUUCCUCCCACAAUGAACUGUUGAAUGCCGAAAUAAAGCACACCGAGACCAAGAACAGCACACCUCCCAAAUGCAGGAAAAAAUAUGCACUGACUAACAUCCAGGCGGCUAUGGGCCUCUCGGAUCCCGCUGCCCAACCCCUGCUGGGAAAUGGUUCUGCCAACAUCAAGCUGGUGAAAAAUGGGGAGAACCAGCUCCGGAAGGCUGCGGAACAAGGGCAGCAGGACCCUAACAAAAACGUGAGCCCCACCGCGGUCAUCAACAUAACUUCUGAGAAGUUAGAGGGCAAAGAGCCCUACCCACAGGAUUCCUCAGACUGUGAGAUUUUGCCCUCCCAGCCCAGGAGAACUAAGAGCUUCCUAAAUUACUAUGCAGACCUGGAGACCUCAGCCAGGGACCUGGAGCAGAACCUGGGCAACUGCUGCGGGGCUGGAGGAGAGAAAUCCCAGCCAGGCCAGAGCCAGGCCUCCACCGUCAUCGGGAAUGGCGAUUUGCUGCUGCAGAAACCAAACAAGCCCCAGUCCAGCCCCGAGGACGGCCAGGUAGCCACCGUGUCAUCCAGCCCAGAGACCAAGAAGGAUCAUCCCAAAACAGGGGCCAAAACGGAUUGUGCCCUGCACCGGAUCCAGAACUUGGCCCCCAGCGACGAGGAGUCGAGCUGGACGACAUUGUCCCAAGACAGUGCCUCCCCCAGCUCCCCGGAUGAAACAGCAGAUCUAUGGAGUGAUCACUCGUUUCAGACCGAUCCGGACCUGCCACCGGGCUGGAAAAGGAUCAACGACAUCGCUGGGACCUAUUACUGGCACAUCCCAACCGGGACGACCCAGUGGGAGCAGCCUGUCUCCAUCCCAGCGGAUCCCCAGGGUUCCAGGAAAGGCUCCCUCAGUUCCGUGACGCCGUCUCCCACCCCGGAGAACGAGAAACAGCCAUGGAGUGAUUUUGCUGUUCUGAAUGGGGGAAAGAUUAAUAGUGACAUUUGGAAGGAUUUGCACGCGGCCACAGUGAACCCGGAUCCCAGUUUAAAAGAGUUCGAAGGAGCUACACUCCGCUACGCAUCUCUGAAACUCAGAAACGCCCCACAUGCUGACGAUGAUGAUUCUUGUAGUAUCAACAGUGAUCCAGAAGCCAAGUGCUUCGCUGUGCGCUCGCUGGGGUGGGUGGAGAUGGCGGAGCAGGACCUCGCGCCUGGCAAAAGCAGCGUCGCCGUCAACAACUGCAUCCGGCAGCUUUCCUACUGCAAAAACGACAUCCGGGACACCGUUGGCAUCUGGGGAGAGGGGAAGGACAUGUACCUGAUCCUGGAGAACGACCUGCUGAGCCUGGUGGACCCCAUGGACCGCACCGUGCUGCACGCCCAGCCCAUCGUGAGCAUCCGCGUGUGGGGCGUGGGCCGCGACAACGGCCGGGAUUUUGCUUAUGUAGCAAGAGACAAAGACACAAGAAUUUUGAAAUGUCAUGUGUUUCGAUGUGACACUCCAGCUAAAGCCAUCGCCACGAGUCUCCACGAAAUCUGCUCCAAGAUCAUGGCGGAACGGAAGAAUGCCAAAGCCCUGGCCUGCAGCUCCCUACAGGAGAGGACAAACGUCACCCUCGACGUUCCUUUGCAAGUAGAUUUUCCAACACCAAAGACUGAGCUGGUCCAGAAGUUCCACGUGCAGUACCUGGGCAUGUUGCCUGUAGACAAACCAGUCGGCAUGGACACCCUGAACAGUGCCAUAGAAAGUCUCAUGACGUCAUCCGACAGGGAGGAUUGGCCGUCAGUGGACAUGAGCGUGGCCGACGCUACCGUGACCGUCAUCAGCGAAAAGAGUGAAGAGGACGUCCUGGUGGAGUGCCGGGUGCGGUUCCUGUCCUUCAUGGGCGUCGGGAAGGACGUCCACACGUUCGCCUUCAUCAUGGACACCGGAAACCAGCGCUUCGAGUGCCACGUCUUCUGGUGCGAGCCCAACGCCGGGAGCGUGUCGGAGGCGGUGCAGGCCGCCUGCAUGUUGCGAUAUCAGAAGUGCUUGGUGGCCAGGCCUCCCUCACAGAAAGUCCGACCACCUCCACCGCCAGCAGACUCGGUGACCAGGAGAGUCACAACCAACGUAAAGCGAGGGGUCUUAUCCCUCAUUGACACUUUGAAACAGAAACGCCCUGUCACGGAAACGCCGUAGCUGCGUGUGGUAAAGGGCUCUGUGAUACUUACCUGACGAUUGAAUGGCUACACUAAAGAAAAUGAGCUGGUAUCUGACCUUCCAUUCCGUUGCUGAUGCUUUGUCUUCAGAGAAAUUUAUCCUUAACCAAACAGUGUUAGACAAGCAUGUUCUCGCCUUGCCACCGUCAUGUGACAUGAAAAGAAGCAUGAGUAAUUUUUUUGCUGUCAGUAAGUGACAUGAGCAGUGGAAGGUCUUUUUCUUACUGUAAAUAUUGUGAACAUCACUCAACUUCACACACACAGGGGCGAAUGUGGCCGCAUCCCUCCUAGUGAACUGACGUUGCGUCCUGGGAGUGGACGAUGCCCGAGUCAGCGUCACUGUGGUCUUUGCGGGAUCUGUCACAGGCAGCCGUUGGGUUCUACAGCACUUUGCCCUGCUUCAGCAUUGGAACAGACACUGCGCAGCAGAUACCGCUGAACUGCUGUACAAAUAGGGUGGCGAGUUUUUGUUUUAGUUUUCCAUAAAAUUGAACAUGUUGUUUGACAGAACUGGUUGUUGGCAUCAGUAUAGCAAGCAACUGGCAGCUUUCCUUGACGAGCUCUGGGACACAUGGACACCAUUUCAUGUCUACAGCUGUUUGUGGGAUAUUGGAAAAAAAAUGAAACUUUAAAAUUGAUGAAAAACUAAAUUUCAGGAAUUAAAAUUGAACAAAAACUAGCCUUUCUUUUUAGAUGGUUUUCAAACUGAUUAUUUAAAAAGAGAUUAACAAAAUCAUAAUGCAUUUUGGGUAGGA